GUUCAAAUAUGGCCUCAAAACAUAUAGGUUUUAGCAUCAAGCUAACUCUGACGGUAGUUUUUCUAACAAGCCAGGUUGUGUUGUCUGCCGAUACACCAAUGCCUCCUGAUAAGACUCAAUUGGGGCAAUGGUUUUCAAAUAAUGUAAAGCCUUUAGAGAGCAGAAAGGGUACCCUAGAUAGUGAAUUAGAAGCUGCUGAACAAGGCAAGACAGUUAUUAAGGUAAGCCAAGAUGGGAAAGGGCAAUUCAAGACCAUCACGGAUGCCCUUAAAAGCAUACCUAGCGGAAACAAGAAGCGUGUAAUUUUGCAUAUUGGACCUGGAACUUACAAAGAGAAAAUCGUGGUUGAGGCAACAAAACCUUUCAUCACCUUCUAUGGGACCCCUGGGCAAAUGCCAACAUUGACCUAUGGGGGCACGGCAAAACAAUAUGGCACUGUCGAAAGUGGGACAUUGUCUGUUUUAUCAGACUACUUUGUGGGGACAAACAUAAUAGUCCGGAACUCCGCACCAAGACCUGGUCUUAACACGGUAGGAGGUCAAGCAGUUGCAUUACGAGUUUCUGGAGACAAAGCCACAUUUUAUAAUUGCCAGCUUUAUAGUUACCAAGACACAUUGUUGGAUGAUGCAAAGAGACAUUUUUUCAAAGACUGCUUCAUUGAAGGAACUGUUGAUUACAUUUUUGGAAGUGGAAAGUCACUAUAUGUGAAUUGUGAACUAAGAACGCUAGGCGAUGAAGGGUUUACUUUUAUAACAGCACAAGCAAGAAAAAGUACGAAAGAGGAUAAUGGCUUCUCCUUUGUCCAUUGUGAACUUACUGGAACUGGAAAAGGUGUUUACUUAGGAAGAGCAUGGUUCGGUUAUUCCACAGUUAUCUUUUCUUACUGUAACUUAGGCAACAUUUUCAACAAGGAAGGAUGGAGUGACAACAAUAAAAAGGAAUUUGACAAAACUCUUUAUUUUGGAGAGUAUAUGAACACAGGACCUGGUGCAGAUGCCACAGGACGUUCUAAAUUGACAAGGAAACUUACAUACUCAGAGGUUCAGAAUUACCUUGGUCUUGGUAUGAUAGAAGGCUCAAAAUGGAUACUUCCUCCUCCCAAAGUAUGAUUAAUUACUACUAUUCUAAUGCUUCAUCAAUUGGGGAAUAUUAUUGGUCACCUUCUCCUCCAAUUCUGUUGUCCUAUAAUUUAUUUCUUCCAGCUUAGUAUUUUUAAAUUAGGUGAGAUCAUUCUUUAUUAUGAUUACUCCAUGCCAUCUUGUGCAUGCAUAGUCUUA